CUGGUUUGUUUGUUGUUGAAGACGACUCUCGACUCAAAGAAAGAGUAGGAGGAAUCAGAAUCAUCCGCCAUGGAAGAGAGGCAUGAGGAGGAGGAGGAGAACGAUGUUUACAGACCAAUGGAUUCCGUCUUGGCUCCCAUCUUCAUUCAAAUGAUGAAAAAUUCCGGAACCAACACCGAUAUGGAUUCUCAGCUUCAAGAGAUCCUUAGGAGAAGGGGAAGACGUCCCGUUUCCAUUGAACAGCUGCUUCAGGGAAUACGCACUGGCUUAACACUUGCACCUGCUGAGCCUGAGCCUGAGACUAACAACAACGCAGAUCAUGAUGAUGAUGAUGACAACGAUCCAGCACCACCAGCAGAGAGAGGACGCGUGAUCGUCACCAAUCCCUAUAACCAGAUUGUCGCUGUCCCAAGCUCUGCCGUUUCCGACACUCUGCCUCCUGUUGUUUCUGGUUCUCUCAGCGAGUACUUCAUCGGUCCUGAAUUCGAAGCGCUGCUUGAGAACUUAACUGAGACUGACCCCAACAGGUAUGGAACGCCUCCAGCUCGGAGAGAUGCUGUUGAGGCUUUGGCUGAUGUCGUCAUCCUACUUCCGGGCAUCCAGUGUUCUGUGUGUUUGGAUGAUUUUGAGAUUGGAAAUGUGGCUAAACAGAUGCCUUGUGACCACACCUUUCACAGUUAUUGCUUGCUCUACUGGCUUCAGCUUCAUAGCUCCUGUCCGGUUUGUAAGUGUCAGCUACCUACUGCGGAGGAUGAUGAGACAAACGGUGGUGCUGCUGCUGGCAAUACGUCUUCUUCUUCGACAAGCGACCAGGAGGAGGAUCCCAUUGCUGCUUAGCCAAGCCCCACCUGGUUCUCUUGAUAGCAAAUCCAUAGGAGCAUCAUAAGAGAUCAUGAGACUACCUUAAAUAACAUCUUUGUCUUUACUUGGUUGAAUGGCUACUUACCUCUAUCAUUCUGUGAUGUUUUUUUAAUGGUUUUCAAGACUUACCUUUUGGUUAGAAUUCUGCAAGUCGCUUUGUGCUUUUUCUUUGUCAGUUUAGUUCAGUCUUCUACGGUUUGAUGGUUAAUGGUGCAUAUGGGUGAAAUAACAAAACAACGUUAGGC